CAGAUGCGUUUCCGAUACCGGUUCCAAAAAACAUUACCUGUUUCCUGUUAACAAGUACCUGUAGCAUCUGUAUAUUACCAGUAGAAGUGAAGAGUACCCGUUAAACUCCUCACCAUGAGCGAAGAAAAGGAAGGACCUCGAACCGAAUACAAGCUGGAAACGGACUCGGAGCUCCGAUUUGAAAUCGAAAACAAAAACGAAAAGGUGUUUGUCACGUUACUCUCAGGUUAUGCGGAACUUUUCGGCACGGAACUGGUGUUGAAAAAAGCAUACGAGUUUGCUGUCGGAGCGAAGGUGGCCAUAUUUACGUACCACGGAUGUACGAUUGAAUUGCGCGGUAAACCGGAUGUGGCUUACGUGGCGAGAGAGACGCCCAUGGUACAAUAUUUGAAUUGUAAUUCGGCGUUGGAACAGUUGAGGGAGAAAGCGGAGAAGGAUGAUUUUCAGGGACCUAUCGCCUUGGUCGUUGGACCGAUGGACGUAGGAAAGUCGACGAUUUGCAAGAUAUUCCUCAACUAUGCGGUACGUUUGGGUAGGCGACCGAUUUACGUGGAUUUGGACGUAGGGCAAGGAGGAAUUGCUAUUCCGGGAACUAUCGGAGCGUUGUUAGUGGAACGACCGGCUCCUGUUGCGGAAGGUUUUUCUCAGCAAGCGCCUCUGGUUUAUCAUUUUGGUCACACGUCACUUUCUGAUAAUGACGUCUUUUAUAGAGCGCUGGUUUCGAAGCUUGCCGAAACAACUUUGGAGCGGUUGCAGGCGAAUAAGCGAGCCAAACAUUCCGGUAUGAUCAUCAACACAUGCGGUUGGGUCAAAGGCAGUGGCUAUCAUCAUAUCCUGCACGCGGUGAAAGAAUUCGAAGUCAAAGUCGUUUUCGUAAUGGAUCAAGAGCGUCUUUACAACGAACUUCUUCGGGAUGUGGAUCGUUCAGUGCAGGUGGUUUUUCUGCCAAAAAGUGGAGGAGUUGUUGAACGUACCAGAUCACAACGGGCUGAGUCUCGAGACAACCGGGUAAAGGAAUACUUUUACGGAUCCAAAAUGCCACUUUACCCACACAGUUUCGACGUUAAGUUUUCGGACGUCAAAAUAUUCAAAGUCGGAUCGCCGGCUUUGCCCGAUUCUUGUCUGCCGCUGGGUAUGAAGAAGGAAGAUAACUUUACUAAGCUUGUGCCAGUUCAGCCGGGGCCUCAGCUGCUACACCAUAUCUUGGCCGUUAGUUUUGCCGAGAGCACUGAAGAAAAUGUGAUACAAUCCAAUGUGGCCGGUUUCAUUUGUGUCACAAACGUUAACAUGGAGAAGGAAGUGCUGACCAUUUUAUCGCCUCAGCCGAGGCCGCUGCCUCAAACAAUUUUGCUGGUGUCAGAUGUACAAUUUAUGGAUAGUCAUUAAGUUAAGUUUCUGAUUUGACCGCAGAGUUGAUUUGAAAUCGUGUUAAUAAAAGCUGAUUUUCUAUUGAC